GGUUUUUAUUUUGUGUUUUCUCAUAGAACCCAGGGCAGUACUUUGUUUCUCCCUUCCGGGAACAUUCGCCGAGCACUCCCACGAAUAACAUCCCAGACACAGAGGGCUCGUUGUAGCGGGACAAGGACAGGGUUUCUCGGAAGGUGUGCUGAGCUCCUGCAGCAGCCGCAGGUGACCGAUGAGCGGCGGGUAGGAAGAGGCGGCGGGAGCGACCAGACGUUUAGAUAAGAAGGCUCAGCGGUCAGGGAGUGCUGAGAGGUGCUGUGAUUCUCAGCUAUUCCCCACUGGACAGCAGCACAAUCAUACGAAAGUAUGGCUGGUUAUAAGCCUGUUGCCAUUCAGACAUACCCUGUGCUAGGUGAGAAGAUCACCCAAGACACACUGUACUGGAGCAACUAUAAGACCCCUGUGCAGAUCAAGGAGUUUGGUGCGGUGACCAAAGUAGACUUCUCCCCGCAGCCUCCGUAUAACUAUGCUGUCACUGCUUCCUCAAGGAUCCACAUUUAUGGCCGCUACUCCCAGGAGCCUAUCAAAACCUUUUCUCGAUUUAAAGACACGGCAUACUGUGCUACUUUUCGGAAGGACGGCAGGCUCCUCGUGGCCGGCAGUGAAGAUGGCGGAGUUCAGAUCUUUGAUACCAGUGGCAGGGCCCCGCUCAGACGCUUCGACGGGCACACAAAAGCUGUCCAUAUGGUUGAUUUUACAGCUGACCAAUACCAUGUAGUUUCUGGGGCUGAUGAUUAUACAGUUAAAUUAUGGGAUAUUCCAAACUCUAAAGAAGUGCUGACGUUCAGAGAACAUUCUGAUUAUGUGCGGUGUGGAUGUGCCAGCAAACUGAACCCGGAUCUCUUUGUAACAGGGUCAUACGAUCACACUGUGAAGAUGUUUGACGCGCGGACUGAUGGGAGCGUCCUCUCUGUGGAUCACGGGCAGCCGGUGGAGAGUGUCCUGCUCUUCCCCUCCGGGGGGCUGCUGGUAUCAGCAGGGGGUCGCCACGUCAAGGUCUGGGACAUGCUGAAAGGAGGCCAGUUGCUUGUGUCUUUGAAGAAUCAUCACAAGACGGUGACGUGUUUGUGUCUGAGCAGCUCUGGACAGAGACUGCUGUCCGGCUCCCUGGACAGGAAAGUGAAAGUGUAUAGCACGGCUUCCUACAAAGUGGUCCACAGCUUCGAUCACGCGGCUUCCAUUCUGAGUGUGGCGCUCGCACAUGAAGAUGAGACCAUCGUGGUGGGGAUGACCAACGGGAUCCUGAGCGUCAAACACCGCAAAGCGGAGGCCAAGAAGGACCCCCUUCCCAGGAGGCGGCGGCCUGCAUACCGGACUUUCAUCAAGGGGAAGAAUUACAUGAAGCAGCGGGAUGAUAUCAUGAUCAACAGACCAUCAAAAAAAUACCUAGAAUUGUACGACAGAGAUCUGAAAAACUUCCGGAUCUCUAAGGCACUUGACAGAGUCCUAGAGCCGGAUUGCACCAUAAAGACACCCGAGGUCACAGUCUCCAUCAUAAAGGAGUUAAAUCGAAGAGGAGUCCUUGCCAAUGCCCUCGCAGGCCGGGACGAAAAAGAAAUCACCCGUGUUCUGAACUUCCUGAUAAGGAACCUGUCUCAGCCAAGAUUCGCCCCUGUUUUAAUCAGUGCUGCUGAGAUAAUUAUUGAUAUAUAUCUGCCGGUGAUUGGUCAGUCACCUGUAGUUGAUAAAAAGUUUUUGGUACUUCAAGGACUUGUAGAAAAGGAGCUUGAUUACCAAAGGGAGCUGCUGGAGACCUUGGGAAUGAUGGAUAUGCUUUUUGCUACCAUGACAAGGAGUGAAAAUACUUCUGUGUUACAGUACACGUCUGACGGACUUGCAGAAAACAAGAAGAUAGAGGCAUAGUGUCUCCUUAAUAAGACACCAAAGAACUCUAAACCUGGAAUAGAUUUCACCCACUGGAAAUAGAAUAUUUUUGUUAUAUUAUUAAAAAAAAAUUUUACAGAAGCAAUUUUAUGAAAGAGACUGGAGUAAUUAUGCUUGGAAAGUAAGUGCCUGUUUUGAGACAUGGAUUUCCACCGAGCGCCUUGGAGAACUGUGUCGUGUUCAGCUGGAAGAUCUCGCUUGUGUUGGAACAGAGUAUGAGCCUUGGGCACACUGAGCGCAGUGUGAGGAGACAGAGUCCUGCAGCACCAUCCGGGCCGCGUUCUGCUCUUGUCAAGGAACAGGGCUGGGCUGCCUCCCCGGACAGCAGCAGAUCAACAGAUGACAGCACCAGCUGAGCUUUCCUCCCCGCUCACAGCGAUAUGCCUGCCUCAGUGUCCGGCCCAGUGACCGUGCCUUGCCUCUCUGACACGCCAUUCCCUCACACUCUGCUUCAGCUGCUACUAGGACUGUGUUUGCCGAGUGUGGUGGUGGAACGUGGGCUCAGAACAGUGCACGUGAAGACUGCAGUGUGAUGAGGCAGUGCUGAUGGCUAAAACAUUUCUUUCUUGCCUUCACUUGCUCAUCAGAGAGAACCAAAGCUUCACUGUGGCACGUGAGAUGCCAGGGGCUGAACUCAGGACUCACCCACUGGGCUACCUCCCAGGCCCUGUUUUCUGGUUUGUUUUUUUCCCCAGCGUGUGACAUUCUCACAGGUGUAAGAUGGCUUCAUGUUUUUAUUCGUCUCUCUGGUAAUCAGUGACUUGGCUUUUUCCACAUGUCUGUUGACUGUCUGCAUAUCUUGGAGCAGUCUGUAGCCGCACGACCCUGAAUGUGCCCGGUCUUCCUGACCAUCUUUGGGGAAGAGUCUGUUCAUAUCCUCUUUCCAUCCUAGAGGGCUGGUUGUGUUCUGUGAGCUUCUUACGCACUUUCAUGACCAGCCCUCUGGUGUACGGCUUGCCGAGAGCCCUCACUCUGUACGGGGCAUCUUGUUUUGCCAGUGGCUCCUUUUGCUGGGCAGAAGAUGUCCAGUUGGGUGUCGCCCCAUUAGUUCAUUUCUCAUUCCUUUUUCCUUGUUGAACAUGAGUCUCAAGCUGUUUCUGAAGCAGACGCCCUGCCUGUUGUAUUCUGUGCAUUUUAUAGCUUCUGACAGCCGAGCCCUCAAGCCGUUUUGAGUUGAUUUGUGGUCAUCAUGGGAUGUGGUGUUCCUGUUCAUUCUUCUGUGUGCCUCAACCCAGUCUGCUGCAAACACUCUCCUGUCUCCACGCCAUGUCUGCAGCUCCUUCAACAAGACCUAAUUUUGAGGUGGAGACGCCUCACCACACAGGCACACGGCUUGCCAAGCAGGCUGCCCGGGUCUGAGUCGCACGUUGUGAUGCCCAGCCUCGAGGGGGUGGGGCGGGUGUCUUGUUUUCGCCUUGCUAUGAAAUGAAUCCGUUCCCGAUGGAUAAUCCUAGGCCAGGGGCUCCUGCCACGCUGACCUAGCAGAUCCUCCCUCCCCACCCGAAACAGUUGUCUGUGAUGAUCAAAGAAAAGCUUUCUAGUCAGACUCUCAACGCUGCAGUUUUGUGAACUUAGAGACUUUUUUUCUUUAAAUUUAUUUUCCCUUUUUGUUGCCCUUGUUGUUUUAUUGUUGUUACUGAUGUCAUCAUUGUUGGACAGGACAGAGAGAAAUGGAGAGAGGACAGGAAGAUGGGGAGAGAAAGACAGACACCUGCAGACCUGCUUCACCGCUUGUGAAGCGACUCCCCUGAAGCCGGGGCCUUGGACCGGGAUCCUUACGGCGGUCCUUGUGCUUCGCGCCAUGUGCGCUUAACCCGCUGCGCCACCGCCCGACUCCCCCAGACUUAGAGAUUUUUAAAGCAGGAGAACACUUGAACGUUUCGGUGUGGGUCUAAGCUCCGAUUUAAACAGGACAGUGGCUCAUAGAAUGACCGAUGUUUGCUUUCCUGAGCAAUUGGAUUAGUCAAGAUCAGAAAGUUUUCUUGUAGAAAUGGAUGGUUUUAUUUAACUUUUGUAUUUAAAACUUUAAAAAGUUUAUAAGUAUGCCGAUAAUUCGUGCUUGUGAAAUUUUUAAGUUGACCGUCUGUGUGACUGUGUACUGUCACCAAGUGCAACAUGACAGGUUUCCCGAACAAUCCUGGGCACGGAUCUCACCCCGCUACUCAGCACCCCAGCGAGUCCUCCACACCCUGGCACGCCCACCAGCCCGCUCGCUCCUUUGACAGGACUUUACCUGGGCUAUGGCUACCAUGGGAUUACAGCUUUUGUUUUUUAAGUUAAAAUUGUCCAUCAGUACUGUUGCCUUUCAGGAAUCAUCUUAUAGGUAGUACUCAGUGGGACCACUAGGAAGUAGCUGCAAGUAUUUACAGUUGGAGUAGACAGUGUAAGACGCUGCUGCAGACGUGAGUUUAGCUGGAGCAUUUGCAGACGUUACUAAGCCUGAGAACACACCGUUGGGGUUCAGAGAAUAUGGACAUCCAGUGUGCAGACGGUGUAUCAUGCUCAUCAAAUCAGACACUGGGAAGCUUUGCUUGUCAGGUCAAGCAUUUCCAGUGUGAUUUUGAGGGAAAUCUUAAGUCUUAAGUGUAUAAAUGCUGCUGACCUCUCGAGAGGAUUUGGGUUGUAAAGAGCUAUUUAAAGAAAAGUCUGCUUUACUUAAAUGAACUAGCAAACCUGGUACCCUUAAAGUGAUUAUUAAAAUGUACUAGCUUUCUAAAUGGAA